AUGGUUCUGAGCAAGAAGCCGGCGAUGAUGAUGGUGGGUGCGGUUCUGUUCCUGAUGGCUUUCGCUGAUGCAGCCUGCUACAACAAGACCUUCUGCACAGCCUGCUGCAACAAGUCCCUCUGCACAGAGUCAAGCUCUCCUCAAUGCCACUGCGGCGACGUCGGAGAAGCUUGCCCCCCUGCUUGCAAGGCCUGUCACUACCCUUGCUCAUAUCCUCCCCAGUGUCGCUGUGCUGACACCGCCAAUCUCUGCUAUGAUAAAUAUUCCUCCUGUGCUUAUCCUCCGCAGUGUCGCAGUGCUGACACUGCCAAUUUCUGCUAUGAUAAAUAUUCCUCCUGUGCUUAUCCUCCGCAGUGUCGCAGUGCUGACACUGCCAAUUUCUGCUAUGAUAAAUGUUCCUCUUGUGCUUAA